AUGUACGAAACCACAUUGCCAGAAAGUGUCCAUCAUGUUGGUUUGGGGGAUAGUAAUUCCAACGUUCCUAAUUAUUCUAACAUAAUUAAUGAAAAUAUAAUUGCCAUAAAACUUGACCUCAAGUUUGCCAAGAACAAUAUUGAAAACAUAGAUGCCCAAGUGGUCUCCAAACCUAUAAUUGAAUCAAUACGUUCAACGCUGCAAAACAUUUUCGACACUGUAAUAUCAACAGAAAAACUCUUCGCAACAUGGAACAAAGAUGCAUUAAAAUCUUCCGACCGGACCCAACUGGAGGGAUUGGAGUCUGAAUUCAAGAAAUUGGUUGAAGAAGUUCAAGUGGUGUCUACAUGUGUAAAAAAAGCUGCCCAUAAUGUUACAUUGGCAAAAUCGCAAAGUCUGAAAUCAUCAAUUACAGCAACUAACACUCUAACAAAUACUUUAGGUUAUAGUAUAAGUUCUUUAAGCACUGUAAAUUUGGAAAUAGGCGGUAACAAUUCCUUCGGUUCCGAAAUUGAUUUACACGAUAAUAUGGAUUUAUUCCAAUAUGACUGCUUCCAAAACGAAGAAUGCCCACUAUUAGAGGAUUCAAUUAUCAAUGAGCGAAACUCCGGUAUUAAACGCAUAAAUGGACAAGUUUCGAGGAUAAAUCAGAUGUUCAACAGUUUAAGUAGUAUUAUUGCGCACCAGGGUGAGGAUAUUGAUUUGAUCCACAAUACGGUGAGGGUUGCUAAAGACGAUUCUCUGGAGACUUUAGAUGAGAUAGAAUGGGUGAGGAAGUUAAAGAGGAAGAGGACAAAGCGACUGUUGAUUUUAUUUGCCGUAGUAUUUGUAAUAUGUUUCUCAAUCAUCAAGUAUCACUGA